AUGGGCCCCCAGUCCUUCGCUAGAGGCCGCGCUGUCGCUCCGCACGGCCCUGGACGCUCCGCUCUCCCCAAUCACUAUACUUCUCACUUCUCCUCGGACACGAACAGUCCAGACCACCGUGGAACAUACACCCUGCUCUGUGACACUGUGGGGGGGAGAGAACCAGGGACACGGGGGCAGAGAACUAGCGACACCGGGGAGAACCAGAACCAGCAGGACGCGCGAUGGACGCUAUGGAGGAUUCACCGUCGGGAGCAGAGGGCUUUGACUUCCCCCGACACUGACACCCUUCCACGCUCCCCGCUGGAUGGAUCUCUGCGGGAGUGGAGACGCCAUGCAGCCGCGAAGAUGGACUUCUACAUUCGCACAUCAGAGCUGUUUCGAGGACCCCCACGCUACAUGUAG